AUGACCGUAACACCAGACAUCAUCGCCUCAUUGGUGCUGCACCAGUUCGACCAGCUGCCCACCAAGAGGAAGCCGCUGGUUCGUGAUAAUGGCGUACACGAAUGGGUGCCCCUGAGUGGCAUAGUCGCUCAAGACAAAGACAACAAGCUCACAUGCCUCUCCCUGGCCACGGGCAUGAAAUGUCUCCCUCGCUCCAAGCUCCCCAAGGCGCAGGGCAACGUGCUGCACGACUGGCACGCAGAGGUGCUCGCUAUCCGGGCCUUCAACCGCUUCGUGCUCGACGAGGUCGAGUCCCUAUCCAAGGGGACGGCGACAUCGUCGCCCUACCUGCGCAGGAGGGACGAGGCCGAGGUUCUUCUUCCCGCCGGCGGCGACGGUGGCAGCAGCCGCCAACAGCAACCUCCUACCUGGCACGCGCAGCCCUUCGCCUGGCGCGAGGACGUCAGGCUGCACAUGUACUGCUCGGAGGCGCCCUGCGGCGACGCGAGCAUGGAGCUCACCAUGGCGGCGCAGGACGAUGCGUCGCCGUGGGAGGUGUCUCCUGCCGCCCUCGGCCCCUCGUCCUCGGGCCCCGUGCCUGGCCGGUCCUACUUCUCGCACUUGGGCGCCGUGCGCCUAAAGCCCGCCCGCGCGGAUGCCCCGUCGACCAUGUCCAAGUCUUGCUCUGACAAGAUGGCCUCGGCUGAGUGUACGUCGUUGUUGAGCUCGUUAGCUUCAAUGUUCGUGUGCCCGUCGAACGCGUAUUUGAGCUCUGUUAUUUUGCCUACUUCCCAAUACUCCUCUAGUGGGUGUUCACGCGCCUUUUCCUCCGACGGUCGGAUGGGCGGCGUCGAAGAAUCCCAGAGGUCGUGGGGAGGCGGGUAUAGGUUUCAAGAGUUUGCGGUCAACACCACCGACCUAGAAUUCAAAUGGUCCAAGAGAAGUGUCGAGGCCAGAGUCCAAGGUGAGAAAGGGAAACUCGGUGCGAGUAAUCUCGCUGUUGCUUGGACUGGACGUGGGCUCGAAGAGACCACCCUCGGCGGGACGUUGCAGGGCAGGAAAGCAUUCGAUCCUAAAGGAGCCAGUGUCGUGUCGAGACGGAGAAUGUGGGCACUAAGCCUGGAGAUCGCCGGUGUGCUCGGGAUCAGCAUGGUAUUAGCACAGAAGGCUCUGGCAUCUCAGAGUUACAAGGAUGUCAAGGGGUCGAAGCUUUUCGAGGCCAGAAGACAAGUCAAGCAGGAUGUCAGAUCUCAUGCCUUGAAAGGCUGGGCUAGGAAUGAAGGAGAUGACAACUUUAGUCUAGAGCUAUAG